AUGCCGCUUGUCUCCAUUCAUGAUGUCUCCAGGAAGACAUUCGACUACGUUAUAAUUGGUGGGUCAUUCGCCUUCAAACUCUUCACCACUGCUGGUCUGACGCUCGCUGCGCGUCUCACUGAAGAUCCAGAUGUCACCGUUCUUGUGCUUGAGGCAGGACAAGCUAAUAUCGAUGACCCCGCCAUCCUGCGACCUGCCUCUUAUGCGAGCCAUUUCGGACAGCCGCAGUAUGAUUGGGGCCACAAAACCGUCCCACAGAAGCACUGCAACGGAACCGUGUUCCAGUGGCCACGAGGCAAAGGUCUUGGAGGUAGCUCUGCUACCAAUUUCCUCUGUUGGACCAGGCCGCCCGGCGCUGAGAUCGACGAUAUUGAGAGACUCGGCAACCCUGGAUGGAACUGGGCCACCAUGAAGAAGUAUGCUUCCAAGUCUGAGAAAUUCGUCACUCCUCCUGCUGUAGAAGCCGAGAAGUGGGAGUGGGAAUCGAGGACGAAAGGAUGGACGCUUGGCUCCGAUGGCCCGAUAAAGGCAUCGUUUCCAGGAAAUCUAUGGCCGGCCGAGCUGGAGUUCCAGAAGGUGCGUACUUUCCUUGCACCUUCUUCCCGAUCCCAACCUUAUGGCAUCUUCUUCAACCCGCAAACCGUCGACCCGAUCACGCAUACCCGCUCAUACGCUACCAACGGCUUUUACCUCCCCGCCAAAGACCGCAAAAACCUUACCGUUCUCACGGAUGCGCUCGUCCAUCGAAUUGUCACGGAACCAGGCAAGGAUGCGAAGAAGAUAUUGGCGUCGAUGGUCGAGUUGGAGUAUGAGGGGAAGGUACACGCUGUGAAGAUUUGGAAAGAGGUUGUGGUUUGUGCCGGAGGCCUCAAGACACCCCAAAUCCUCGAGCUCUCUGGUAUCGGCACGAAGGAAGUGCUCGAGAAGCUCGAGAUUCCAGUCAAGGUAGAGCUUCCCGUGGGAAAAAAUGCCCAGGAACAUAACUUCAUGGGUGUUACCUACGAGCUGAAGGACGACGUUCCUUUCGACACACUCGACAACCUUCGCAACCCCGGCGAAAUCGAGAAACAGGUCAGGCUGCACGCCCAGGGCACAGGAAUCUUCACAAUGGGCCUCAUGGGCUUCACCUUCGCCCCACUCCAAAACUACUCCCCCGCCGCUGAUGCCAUCCAUGCUGAAGUCGAACAGCACGUUCUCAAAUCCGCCAAGGAGGGAAAAUACGACGAUAAACCCGGAUUGUUGGAGCAAUAUAAGAUUCAGAUCGAGAGGACGAAGAGGUUGGCGCCCGGGUGUGAGAUUGUCAACUUCCCCGGGUUUUUAUCGUAUCCUAACCCACCGAGUCCGGGGAAGAAGUACUUCACACUGUUGUGCGCGAUGAACCAUCAGUGGUCGAGGGGGACGGUACACUGCACUACAAAAGACCCGAACGCCGACCCCGAAUACGACCCACAUUACUUCGAAGAGGAUAUCGAUCUGAAGACCUUCGUCGAAUGCAUCAAAUUUGCGAGGAGGUUGAAGGAUGUGGCGCCGUUCAAAGAUAUGAUCGUCACCGAGACUAACCCUGGACCGAAUAUUACUACGGAUGAGCAAAUCGGAGACUGGCUGAAGCAAUACAUGUCGACUACAUUCCACACAUCCUCUACCGCCUCCAUGCUUCCCCGUGACAAAGGCGGCGUUGUCGACUCCGAGUUCAAGGUCUACGGAACCGAGAACAUCCGCGUCUGCGAUAUGUCUGUUUGCCCGUUGCAGUUCGCUGCACAUCCGCAGGCCUUCGUGUACUCGAUCGCCGAGAUGGCUGCGGAUGUUAUCAAAGGAAAGCUUAAGUUGUCCGCCUAAAUCAUCACACUACUGCAUACCCCUUUUAUACUAUUUGCUGAACGAGCUCAUCAUGCACCCACGAGAAAUGAGGAUCAGGGAAGUGACGAGUUGGAAGCGGCGGUCGUGGUAGUUGUUAAUGAUAGAUGGGGCAAGACCCGGAGAGGAGGGCUACGAGGUGUCGAUCAUGGAUUCUUGUUAUAUAUCUUUUUGGAUUGGAACGGUCACGAUUGUUUUAGACUCGGAACAAAUCUGAAGUUGGACUACGCUG